UCUGGCGCGAACGCUCAGGCGCCUCCUCCCGCCCCAGUCACUGUGGCUCGGCGCACGCUGCCGGCGGCUGCCCUUUCGGCCUCUGGGGGAGCGAACCUGCGGGCCGCUGUGCGCCGGCACCAUGGCCUCGGGCCGGAGGGGCUGGGACAGCUCCCACGAGGACGAUCUGCCCGUGUACCUGGCCAGGCCGGGCACCACGGACCAGGUCCCGCGGCAGAAGUACGGCGGCAUGUUCUGCAACGUGGAGGGCGCCUUCGAGAGCAAGACGCUGGAUUUCGAUGCCCUGAGCGUGGGGCAGCGGGGCGCGAAGACUCCCCGGAGCGGCCAGGGCAGCGGCCGCGGCUCGGGGAGCCGGCCGGGGGUCGAGGGGGACAGCCCGCGCCGGGGCCAAGGCCGGGAGGAGGGCAGGGAGCCCGCGCCCGCCUCGCCCGCCUCGCCCGCGCCCGCCGGGGUGGAGAUCCGGAGCGCCACGGGCAAGGAGGUUUUGCAGAACCUCGGCCCCAAGGACAAGAGUGACCGUCUUCUUAUCAAGGGCGGUAGAAUUGUCAACGAUGAUCAGUCCUUUUAUGCUGAUAUUUACAUGGAAGAUGGCUUAAUAAAGCAAAUCGGAGACAAUCUGAUUGUCCCUGGAGGAGUGAAGACCAUCGAGGCCAAUGGGAAGAUGGUGAUCCCUGGAGGCAUCGAUGUCCACACUCACUUCCAGAUGCCAUACAAGGGAAUGACCACAGUGGAUGACUUCUUCCAAGGGACAAGGGCUGCCUUAGCUGGGGGCACCACCAUGAUCAUUGACCACGUGGUGCCCGAGCCCGAGGCCAGCCUGACAGAGGCUUAUGAGAAGUGGCGAGAGUGGGCAGAUGGGAAGAGCUGUUGCGACUAUGCCUUGCAUGUGGACAUCACCCACUGGAACGACAGCGUCAAGCAGGAGGUGCAGAACCUCAUCAAGGACAAAGGGGUUAACUCCUUCAUGGUUUACAUGGCCUAUAAGGAUUUGUAUCAAGUGUCCAACACAGAGCUCUAUGAGAUCUUCACCUGUCUGGGCGAGCUGGGAGCCAUUGCGCAGGUUCACGCCGAGAAUGGGGAUAUCAUUGCCCAGGAGCAAACCCGGAUGUUGGAAAUGGGGAUCACUGGCCCCGAAGGCCAUGUGCUGAGCAGACCAGAGGAGCUGGAAGCCGAGGCUGUGUUCCGUGCCAUCACCAUUGCGAGCCAAACCAACUGUCCACUUUACGUCACGAAGGUCAUGAGCAAGAGUGCGGCGGACCUGAUCUCGCAAGCCAGGAAAAAAGGAAACGUGGUCUUUGGUGAGCCCAUCACUGCCAGCCUCGGCACAGAUGGGACCCAUUACUGGAGCAAGAACUGGGCUAAGGCAGCCGCCUUUGUGACAUCCCCGCCUCUGAGCCCUGACCCGACCACUCCUGACUACAUCAACUCCUUGCUGGCCAGUGGAGACCUGCAGCUCUCUGGGAGUGCCCACUGCACUUUCAGCACCGCCCAGAAGGCGAUUGGGAAGGACAACUUCACAGCCAUCCCUGAGGGCACCAAUGGGGUGGAAGAGCGGAUGUCUGUCAUCUGGGACAAGGCAGUGGCCACUGGGAAAAUGGAUGAAAACCAGUUCGUGGCUGUGACAAGCACCAAUGCCGCCAAGAUCUUCAACCUGUAUCCCCGCAAGGGGAGAAUAUCUGUGGGUUCUGACAGCGACCUGGUGAUCUGGGACCCGGACGCGGUGAAGAUCGUCUCCGCCAAGAGCCACCAGUCGGCUGCAGAGUAUAACAUCUUUGAAGGGCUGGAGCUGCGAGGGGCCCCUCUGGUGGUCAUCUGCCAGGGCAAGAUCAUGCUGGAAGAUGGCAACCUGCACGUGACCCAGGGGGCUGGCCGCUUCAUCCCCUGCAGCCCGUUCUCUGACUAUGUCUACAAGCGCAUUAAAGCCCGGAGGAAGAUGGCAGACCUGCACGCAGUCCCGAGGGGCCUGUACGACGGGCCGGUGUUUGACCUGACCACCACACCCAAAGGGGGCACCCCCGCGGGCUCCACCCGGGGCUCCCCCACGCGGCCCAACCCGCCCGUGAGGAACCUCCAUCAGUCGGGAUUCAGCCUGUCCGGCACCCAAGUGGAUGAGGGGGUCCGCUCGGCCAGCAAGCGCAUCGUGGCACCCCCCGGAGGCCGUUCUAACAUCACGUCCCUGAGUUAAGCGACCCCUCCCCAAAGAGAGGGGCAGAAGCAAGAAGAGAUUUUUUUGAAGCCAAAAUGGUACACCAAUAUUUAAGAAGGAAAGCGAAUCCAAACAGUUGCGAUCUAAAGAAUCAAUAAGCCUCAAGCCUUAUGUUUCUCCAAUGCUACACUCGCUUGCCUAGCUUUACGAAUAUUGCUUUGUUUUCUGUUCAUGCAUAGCCUUGAUUGGUUUGACCCUGCCUCCCCGCAUUUACGUGCAUGCAAUCAGACAGGCUACUAAGGUAAAAGUCUGCUAUAUAGUGUUGAGAGCGUGUGUAGUGCUGCAUUUUAUGACGAGGGGACAGACAAAGCUGAGAUGCCAGGAAAAUCAACAAAAGGGACGCGGUUAUUUGGGGUGAGGGGGUGGUGGGAGCCCAGAGCGAGGCA